GAAUUCAGCGACUUUCUGGUAACAGUGCAAGAAACUAUGAAAACAGUGAAGCACCUCAAGGACUUUGACACCUUUUCUGCUAUUCAAGACCUGGUAGUAAGACUUCCACCUUAUUACAGCAAGAAGUGGUUACAAAGUGCGAAAGCGGUUGAGCUUGUUAAGGGAAAGUAUGAUUUUAACGACCUAGUUGACUUUGUGCAAAAGGCAGCAAAGGAUGCAACUCAUCCAGUGUUCUCGCAUGAAGUUCUGUUAUCUAAGAGAAAGGAGUUGUUGAAAGACAAGAAGCAAGAAGACAAGAAUAGUUAUCACAAGAGAAAGUUUGGCUCAUUCAACACAAGUAAGUACAAUGAAAGCUCUGGUCAUAGUGAUAAGAACAUAAAUGAACUCAUGUGCCCUGCAUGUAGAAAGCCUCACAAAUUGGAGAACUGUGACAUAUUCCUAAAGAAGUCUGUAAAGGAACGAUCAGAAUUAGCUAAGUCGAAAGGGCUUUGCUUCCUGUGUUUAUGUCAUGGUCAUAUGGCCAGGAGUUGCAAAGAAUCCAUUAGAUGCCAGACUUGUAAGAAACCCCAUGCCACACUUCUCCAUUUUGAAUCCAAGGAGUCUAAGAACGGGAAUAAGAAAGAGAACGAAGAGUCUAGCAAAGAAAAGCCUAAAGUAGCUAAUCGUGUCGUAGUGUGUCAUAGCAAUGAUUGCAAUGAAGUAACAACAUCGUCUUUAAUACUUCCGGUAUGGAUAUGUCACAAGGACAAUCCUGAGAAGAAAAUAAUGACAUAUGCUGUUUUAGAUGAUCAAAGUGACACAUGCUUUGUAACGGACAGUGUUUGUGAUCAGUUAGAAAUUGAAGGACCUGAGACUGUGAUUGAGUUAGGAACAAUGCAUGCUGUAGAAGAUAUCAGAACCCAGAAAAUUAGCGGUCUUAUUGUUUCAUCGGAAGAUAAGUCAGUAGAUGUACCUUUACCAAAAGCUUAUUCCCGUGAAAAUAUUCCAGCACGUCGAGAUCAGAUCCCUAGAGUAGAAAUGGCGAUCAAUUGGAGUCAUUUGAGUCCAAUUGCCAAUGAAAUACCAGAAUAUCGUGAUGAUCUCGGUAUUGGUCUCCUAAUUGGUAACAAUUGUGUCGAAGCUAUCAAACCCCGUGACGUUAUUCCCGGAAAACCUCAAGACCCGUAUGCUAUUAGAACUGUAUUCGGUUGGGGUUUGAUUGGAGUAACAAACCCUGUUGAUCACCGCGAAUGCCAAUCAGACGGAACUAGAAUACAUUGCCAUCGAGUUACAACCAAAGAUAUCACAACCCAGAGUACCGGUUCAACCUUUGUAGAGCAAACCCAAGUAAAGGAAGUAUUGAAUCCUCACGAAGUGUUAAAGAUGUUUGAACAGGACUUUUCCGAAAAGAAGAGAGAGAAACCAAUGUCGUUAGAAGAUCGAAUGUUUCUGGAUAUAACGAAAAGAGAGAUUCACGUUACUGAUGAUGGACAUUAUGAGUUGCCACUUCCGUUUCGAAACGACAAAGUUAAAUUACCGUCGAACAGAAAGCUUGCUAAAUCAAGGUUAGAUGGCCUUAAAGCAAAGUUCGCCAAAGGAUGUCAAAUACAAAAGAGAUUAUAUGCAAUUUAUGGAUGAUAUGAUGAAGAAAGGCUACGCUGAGAAAGCUCCACAGACUAAUGGAAAACCGUGGUAUAUACCUCAUCAUGGAGUGUACCAUACACACAAACCCAAUAAGAUCAGGGUCGUAUUUGACUGCUCAGCCGAAUAUGAAGGUCAAUCAUUAAAUCAACAUCUUUUACAAGGACCUGACCUAACGAACUCGCUCACUGGUGUACUUUGUCGAUUCCGCGAAGAAAGAAUAGCGUUUACGUGUGACAUCGAAUCCAUGUUCUGUUAGGUACGUGUGAAUGAAGAGCAUCGCGAUUACUUAAGGUUCUUGUGGUGGCCUGACGGAGAUACAUCGAAGGAGCCCGAAGACUACAGAAUGCGAGUCCACCUAUUUGGAGUAACGUCAUCACCCGGAUGUUCCAAUCUAGCGUUGAAAACCACGGCCAAAGCUAGUGAAGAAGUGGAAAACUGUUUUUAUGUUGAUGAUGGGUUAAAGUCCGUUGAGAAGGUAGAGCAAGCGACUAAGUUGAUAAAAAGCAGCAUUGAAAUGUGCCAGAAAGGCGGAUUUCGUCUACACAAGUUUUCUGCAAACAAGCGAGAAGUGAUCGAGUCCAUUCCCGUUGACUACCGUGCUACCGAAGUCAAAGAACUCGAUCUGAGUCACGAUAUACUUCCGAUCGAACGAGUACUAGGAAUGGAGUGGUGCAUCGAAAGUGAUUCUUUUCGGUUUCGCAUAACCUUAAAGGACAGACCACUUACAAGACGCGGGGUUUUGGCAACUAUAAGUUCCAUUUAUGAUCCCCUCGGACUCGUUGCCCCUGUUCUACUCACUGGAAAAAAGAUCCUACAAGCCCUGUGCAAAGAGAAUGCUGAUUGGGAUGACCCUCUGCCAGAAAAGCUUAUAAUAGAGUGGGAAAGAUGGAGAAAGGACAUUCAUUUGUUGGGAAACAUGAAAAUUGAAAGAUGUUACAAACCUGAGAGCUUUGGAGAUGUGAAGAAAACUGAACUUCAUCAUUUCUCUGACGCAAGCUGUGAAGGGUACGGUCAAUGUUCGUAUAUAAGAUUGGUUGAUGAUAGCGAUAGAAUCCACUGUUCGUUAGUUGUGGGCAAAUCUCGUGUGGCGCCACUGAAACAAGUUUCGAUUCCAAGGUUAGAGCUAACAGCCGCGGUUGUUUCUGUCAAAGUCAGCGCCAUGCUUCAAGAAGAACUCGAUUAUAAGAGCAUCGAAGAGAUAUAUUGGACAGAUAGCAAAGUCGUUUUAGGAUAUAUUAACAAUGAUGCGCGUCGCUUCCAUGUAUUCGUGGCUAAUCGCGUCCAACAAAUCAGACAUCAUUCGUCAAAGGAUCAGUGGAAUUACGUUGAGUCAAAGUUAAAUCCAGCUGAUGAGGCAUCCCGAGGUUUAAAGGCCUGUGAUAUUGUGAGCGAUUCGAAGUGGAUAAACGGUCCGUCAUUUCUAUACGAAGCUCACCAAGAUUGGAAUCAUUUUAACCAACCGGAUGACAAAGCAAAGCUGGAAACAGAUGAUGUCGAAGUAAAGAAAGUCACAACCUUUGCAACAUCUGUGAAAAAAUUCACGGACGUGGUAGAGAGAUUAGAAUACUUUUCGAGUUGGCACCGAGCCAAGAAGGCCAUCGCUAUUUGUCUUCGUUAUCGCAGAUUGUUACGUCAAAGGGUACGAAAAGGGAGGAAAAGGAUGUCGAGAACAUUGAGAAAGCAGCAACUGUUAUGAAACCUGACCAAGCUGUUACUGUGGAAGAAAUGAAUGCUGCUGAACGGGAAAUAAUCAAGGCACUGCAGAAAGAAGAAUUCAAACAGGAGAUAAGCUCGUUAAAGUCAAAACCCAAAGUCAAUGUACCGGAAACUCAACGACGGCGAAAUACGGUAGCUAGAACUAGCCCGAUUGCUAAACUCGAUCCCUUUAUGGACGAACAUGGAGUUAUACGAGUAGGAGGAAGAAUUCGAAGAUCUAGUAUGGACGCUAAUAUCAAGCAUCCGGUAGUCUUACCAAAGAGAGCUCACGUUUCGAAGCUGAUAGCAAAACAUUUUCACCAGAAGAUUGAUCAUCAAGGACGAGGGAUAACUUGGAAUACGAUACGUGCUUCAGGAUAUUGGAUCAUCGGUUGCAAAGAUGUUGUAGCUAAACUUAUCAAAGAUUGCGCCGUUUGUCAAAGAUUUCGAGCGAGUGUCAAAGAUCAGAAAAUGGCAGAUCUUCCGAAAGAACGGGUUGAGACGCUUUCAUAUCGUUCUCUCGCUGUUUUUGAUUUUCUGCCUUUUUCGAGGCGGUGUAUUACAGCUGAAUUGUUAUAAUGAAGUUAAUGUUAUUGGGCCUGUAACAUCUCGAUUGUCUGAUGGGAUGUUAUUUGGCAGUUAUUCAGGAUAUUUUGCUCAAUCUAUUCGUCAUUGCAGGACAAGGAGUUCAUCAAAGCGUAUCGGUUUACGGUCGAUGUUUUGCCUCAAAAUUCCUGUUUACAGAGACGGUAAGCGUGGUGAAACACCUCUGACCCUCUUUGACAAGAGUUUUGUGAUUGAUCUGACUGUCCAUGUGGAUGUAGUAUCAGAUGAGGCGCCAAGUUUAUCACCAAAUAUUGUGUGUGUUUGGUGGCCAUCUUGUUUUGUGCAAGAUACUGUAGAGGGCCGGAUUUGCAUUAUAAACUAUUCAACUGUGAAAUGUAUGCCAUGUAGGAUAAACACAAGUCGGAAAUACUCUAAAAAAUCUCUAGCAUAUUACCCGAACUCUGUAGCUACAUUUAAUUUGCUGAUUAUUGCAGGGGAUAUAGAAAGCAACCCUGGCCCUAAUUGCACUAGCAGCAAUACGGAUACGAACAGUGAAAAUAUACGGUGUAAAAGAUCUCUUCGGGCUCCUAAAUGUUCAGAGUGCGACAAGGCAGUGAGAGUGAAUAACAAAAGAUUGUAUUGCACUUUUUGUCAAGAAUUAACCCAUCUACGUUGCACAUCAAUGGGAACUUGUUUGACCCAAUAUGAGAACCUGUGGACAUGCCCCACAUGUUUAGCACAUGAACUGCCAUUUUAUAGUGUGAGAAAUCUCAACGAGCUAGAGACGGCUGAUGGUAGAUCAGAAUCCGAAGGUGAGAGAUACAUCAAUUCUCAUUUGGAAAAACUAAGUCGAAAUUCAAAUCAUCUCCGGCUGUGUCAUCUUGACUGUCAGUCUAUCUUAUCCACAUUUGACGAAUUUGUGCAUCUUGUUUCAGAAUAUGAUCUCGAUAUUUUAACUUUAUCUGAGACUUGGCUACAAAAUAAUACACAUGAGAUUGAAUAUGUUCAGAUUCCUGGGUACUCAAUGGUGUUUAAAAAUCGCGGGGAAAGACGAGGUGGGGGUGUUGCCAUCUACAUUCGGGAAGAGCUGAAAUUCAAGGAACGAUCUGAUUUAAUGAACAUUGAGCCAUCUAUGGAACAUAUUUGGAUCGAGAUUAAGGGUAAAAAUAAAAACAGUACUGUAUUGCUUGGAGUUUUCUAUCAACCAGAUUUUGAUUUUCAAAAAAAACUGUUUGGAUUGAAAAGUUUGAAUCAGUUCUAGCUGCAGUUCACUUGAAGUGGGACGGUAUUAUGAUAAUUGCUGGUGAUAGUAAUAUCGACUUGUGUAGCUCUUCAAAUAUAGGAGAAAAAUAUCAGGCAGUUUUACACGCAUUCAAUCUCACCCAGCAUGUCACAGCACCAACUCGUAAAAGAAAGUGUCUCAUUGAUCAUAUCAUCACAAAUAUUCCAAAAAAUGUUAUAGCAACGGAUGUUUUAGCUACACCGGAAAUUAGUGAUCACGAUAUGCCGUAUCUUAUUGUAAACGCGAGAUUAAACAGAUUUGAACCAAGAUUUAAAUAUAUUCGCUCGGAGAGAUUAUUUAGUCCAGAAGCAUUUCUACAAGAUAUUAGCGAACUGCCAUUUUCAACCGUGUACGCUGUUGACGACAUAGAUGAGAAAAUCGAUAUAUUUAAUGAAUUACUACGUAGCUGUAUUGAUCGACACGCCCCUUUAGUGCGUUGUAAGUUAACCCGUCCUCCUGCUCCUUGGCUUCAAGAUGUCGACAUCCAAAAUCUGCAAAAACGUCGGGAUGCUCUGAGGUUUAUUGCCCAUCAAACGCAGUUAGAGUCAGACUGGUCAAUUUAUCGCUCUGUUCGGAAUAAGAUUAAAUCGGCUAUUAAGACAGCAAAACAUAAUUUCUAUAGGAAAGCUCUCUCAUCUAAACGCUCAAAAAACGUAUGGUCAGUAAUUCAUAAAAUACUUAACCCAAAUCCCAAACGAAUAAGAUCAGAUCCAACGGAGCUUAAUAAUUUAUUCGUGUCUACAACCCAACGCAUUUUUGGAGUAGACUCUGGUCCAGGAUCGGGCAUUGUUACCUUUUUAGAGUCUCUACCCCGAGAUAGAAGUGAUAAUGGCUUUAAGUUGAAACCAGUAACCUUCAACGAUGUUUGUCAGCAACUGAAUAUGAUCCGAAAUGACUGUUCCACUGGCUAUGAUCAUUUACCAAUUAAAUAUUUAAAGCUGGCUUCGCAACACAUUCUUUCUCCAUUCACCCAUAUUGUAAACGCUCUCAUCGCAGAAAACAGAUUUCCGUCCUCAUGGAAAGUAGCGCGUAUAAGUCCGAUCCCAAAAAAUAACAAUCCUGUAAACAAUAGUGAUUUUAGGCCAGUAUCGGUGUUGCCAAUUCUAUCCAAAAUAUAUGAACGUUUAGUGUUGUCCCAACUGGUUCAAUGUAUUGACCAGAAUACGUUAUAUAAAGAAACCAUGUCUGGGUUUCGAAAAGGGCACUCAACCGCUGUGAUUUUACUUAAGCUCAAAGAUGACAUCUUGAAGGCUAUGAAGAAGGGCGAAAUAACACUAGCAGUAUUCACCGAUUAUUCGAAAGCUUUCGAUACGGUAGAUUUCCGGAUUCUGUUAAAGAAGCUAUAUGAUCUUGGAUUUCCAACGGAUUUUUUGCUUUGGAUUCAUAGUUACUUAGACGGUAGAAAGCAAUUUGUCCAGAUUGAUGAUCGUAAGUCUGGAUUGCUACCGGUAUCAUUUGGUGUUCCCCAGGGAUCGAUAUUGGGCCCAGUUCUUUUUAACCUGUACAUGGCUGACUUACAGAAUGGCAAAUUUGAUUGUAAUUACUUACAGUAUGCCGAUGAUACGUCCUUAUAUCAGCACUCCAAGGUUAAAAAUUUGAGCAAAUGUGUAGAUGAUAUGCAGAAAGAACUGGACCGUGCGAAUAGCUGGUCUAAGAAUUCGAACUUGCUAAUGAAUCCUACCAAGACAAAAACGAUGGUCUUUUCAACAUCCCAGAUGUCCACAACUCAUAACCUGGCUUCGUUGGAUCUUGUCUCGAUGCAUAUCAAUUAUCAAAACAUCGAACGAACAAAGUCAUGGAAGGUUUUGGGUAUAAAACUUAACGAGCACCUUAAAUGGAACCUUCAUUUAAACGAAGUUAUAAGAUCGUGUUAUGCUGUUUUGGCUGACUUGCGACGGUUAAAGAGAUUUACAACAUUUCAUUUAAGAAAACAAUUGGCUGAAUUGCUAGUAUUGUCAAAAUUGGACUAUUGCAACUGUCUAUACGGGUCAAAAGGUUCAAAACUCGGCUGCUGGUUUUGUUAAUAGCAGGUAUUCUAAAGCUGAAGAUGUGGUCUCAAUUGGUUGGUUACUAAUUAAAGAAAGAAUCGAUUACAGUAUUGCCAAACUUGCAUUUCAAGCUCUUAAUGACGAAAGAUGGCCAGGCUAUUUAACACUAGAAGUAAAAGAAGUUACUAGAGUUUUGAGAAGUAACAGUGAUGGUGCUUUAAGACUCAAACACUCUUACAUCGAAGAUACUUUUCAGUAUAAUGCUGCAAAAGUUUUUAAUGAUAUUCCUGAUGAUUUUAAAUGUAUGGAUUUUAAAAACUUUAAGAUUUCCUUAAAGAAACUUAUACUAGAUCGGAGUAAGGAAAGACUAAACUUAGACUGA